AUGAUAAUCCCUCGGCACCCGAGGCAUAUCGCACUUCGCCGUUCUAACGUUUUCCUAACACGUUGCAUCCCUCUUGCAGUUGCUUCAAGCUCUCACCUCAUGGCUGGCUCUGCCCUACCAAAUGCGUCGCUACUUGCUGCAAUUGAACGUCUCAAAGCAGCAACCGCAAAGUUACCCCUAUCGACCCCUGAGGGAUCGAAUGAGGGAAUAGUCUGGCGAAACUUCAGUCUCAAGCCGCAAAACAUUACAGGAGCCAUUUUUGAGACAAUAGACCAAGCAUUCACUCGUUGUUUUUCUCGUAUUCCCGGAUCUAACGCCGACCCUCUCGACAAUAUUCUUCGUGGCUCAUGCGGCAUGGAUAUUGUCAUCCAAUUCUUCGAGGAGUGUGCUCGAUCGCCAAAACUGGAUUCAGGCGCAUCACAUCUCACGGAGUUGAAGGUUGGACAACUGACAGACCUUGUCUAUGCCCGUAUCAAAUCACUUCCCCAAGAUCCCCAAGACAAACCUCUCAAGAAACGGCGCCAUGGUGAUAGCCGCCGGCAUAAAUCUGUCCGUGCAACCAAAGCUUUAGGAGCUAAGCAGGGUGGGGCCAAUAGCUCGAGCGACUCGGAUUUCAGCCCACACUCUGGAGCCUCUGGCUCCGAAUCAGGUGAAACUUCGAGUGAGUCUGAGGGCGAUGAUGCUCAGCCAGAUGACAACUUGAAUAUGUCCGAGGUACAACGACAUAAGAGAAAGCGGCAGAAGACAAUUAACUCGAUGGGUAGUACUGGGGGAGUGGAGGAUAAACAGAGUCAUGUAAAUCCGAGUACAAAUUCGAUUAUAUGCGUCGGGAGGAAGCGAGGUCGAUCUGCAAUUGUUCGGGAAUGGGCAUUUGCUCAUCACAACAAACCAGAAGCAAGUUUUUAUCCAAAUACGAAUAGGCCGGCAUGGGCCUAUAAGUGUAAAUACUGCCCAUCAGUACACCAUUUUCCUCGGACCCAAGAGGACGUCUCAAAGGAGAAGAUAAGUGCCACAAAUUUGGCUGGGCAUCUCAAAUCCUGCGAGAAAUUACCAACACAGUACAAAUUGACGGUGAAGCAGCGCACAAAUCGACAUGCCGAAACGCUCACAUUGGCUCAAGCGUCCCUUGGCGAAAUGUUCAAGUCUGCCAACCCCCGUCCUGGUCCGAUUGUCAUUACGCCAUUGGCAUUCCGAUCUGUUCUAAUCCAGGGAGUUGUGCGGGACAAUUAUCCCUUAACGUUUGGCGAAGGUAGAGGCAUGCGACAGGUGUUUGCAAUGGUUAGCCCCGACCUUGACCUACCAGUGCACUCGACAAUGCGCAAGGACUUGAACAAACUAUACGAGGUGUUGAGCAGACGUGUUCGGCAAGUCUUAAGUGCACAAAACUCACGCUUUGCGAUCACAAGUGACGCAUGGACAAGCAAGAGUUUUGUGUAUUCACUUGGUGGGGUUGUUGUCACAUUUAUUGACAAGUCCUGGAAUAUGCAAGAGUUUGUACUGGACAUUGUCCAUCUUGACGCCGAUCACACGGGUGCAGGAAUGGGGCGCCGGAUAUUUAGAUCCCUGGACCACAUGAAUGCGGCAAGAAAUGUUAUUGCAAGUGUUACCGACAAUGCCUCAAAUAACCGGACUAUGAAUAACGAGCUCUCGGCGUGGCUCUCUAAGAAGUAUGGGUUUCGCCUCAAUGUCAGCCACAUGUCUGUUACUUGCCUGUGUCAUGCUUUACAUCUAGUAUGUGGAGCAAUUCUCUCGAACUUAAAAGCGAUGGAUCCAAUAGAAAAUGAUGAGACAUAUUCCCUUGCUAAAGCAUUUGAAGAAGGCAAAAUUCUUGAACAAAGCGCUGAAGUCCUGGAAGAAGAGGAGCGGCUGCGAGGUGAAGAGAACAAAUUGGCUACCCAUCCAGCACUAGUUGAUGCUUUGGAUGAGGAGUUGAACAACACAGAGACCGUGAAUCAGCCACAAAUAGUAGCAAUUCUAGACUCUCAGCCUACUCAGGUUGCGUUGGGUGACAAACUUAAUUGUGUACAAAAGGUACAUAGUAUUGUUGUUGACAUUACCUCAAGUGCAGCACAUCGAAAGCGAAUGCAUACAAUAACUCGAGCACUUGGCUUAGAGCUGCGUGCAGUGAUUAAAAGUGUUAGGGUACGGUGGAACUCAGUGCUUGCAGAAAUACGUUGUGCUAUUCUCCUAAAAGCGGCAAUCAAUCAAUAUGUUGCAACACUGGAUGAUGGCAAGACUGGGGCUUUGCUUUGUAGGGCGCGUGCUCUGAAGCGCAAAUGGACAAUUACAGAUGACAAGGGGGAUGAACUUAACGAACUUGUUAGGAUACUUGAGCCUUUUGAAUCUGCAACACAAGAUUAUUCUAGGCAAGGAAGAACUGUGUUACACUUGGUUCUACCAACCUAUGCAAUACUUUGGGAGAAGCUUACUGAAAGCCGCAUACGUCUAAGUUCAUCUUUGCUUGGCAGUAAGACAGCAGAGGCUCUAGUCGAUGCGCUUAAGGCAGGUGAAGAGAAACUUGAAAAAUAUUAUGAUCUAGCUGUAAAAAGCAAUCUCACAUUGCUUGCUUCAAUUUUUCACCCAGGAAUGCGCCUUAGGUAUUUCCAAGAUACACGCAGAUGGGGGAUGCUUGAGCCACAGUUGAUGAAACGUGGAGAGGAGCUCCUUGAAUACUUAUAUGAGCUAUAUAAAGUAGAAUCAGCCUCCAAGAGGAAUGAUUCCAAUCCAAUACCUUGCCCUUGCUCAUCAGAAUCUCAUGUUGGGUGGAUUGAUGGUCUUUUGGACAUGAGCAAUGAGGUGAACAAUUUGUUCCCAGAAGAAAUUCAAAGCUAUUUGGAUGGAAAAUAUAGGUAUCAAGGCGGAGAUAUAUUAGUUUGGUGGAAGGAGAAUGAAACGCAUAUACCCAUCCUUGCUAAGAUUGCUCAGGAUAUUCUUGCAAUUCCUGCAACAAGUGUUUCAGUCAAGCGGCUUUUUUCUUGA